AUAUACCAAAUACUAGAAGAACCCAUUAGCAAAGAUGCAUUACAAGAAAGAUCUGAUAUUCCUCAGACAUUAGAAGAAUUCAUGGCCGAAAUUAAGGAAAGCAAAUCAGAUGCAAAGACCUUUGCUGUCAAGCUUAGAGAUAUGGUUACACUUAUGGAACAAAGGACUAGAACAGCCAAAAUCCAAGAAUAUUUAUACCGCCAUGUAGCCUCAAGCAGCAUACCAAAGCAGCUCCAUUGCCUAGCUCUAAGGUUAGCCAAUGAACACUCCACCAAUGCAGCUGCUCGCCUCCAGCUCCCCUCGGCAGAACUUGUCCCAGCCCUCGUCGACAACUCCUACUUUCACUAUGUCCUCGCCUCUGACAAUGUGCUUGCUACAUCUGUCGUUGCAACAUCACUUGUGAAGAACUCGUUACGCCCCCAGAAAAUUGUGCUGCACAUAAUAACAGAUAGGAAAACUUACUAUCCAAUGCAGGCUUGGUUCUCAUUGCACUCAUUGUCGCCGGCUGUAAUUGAGGUUAAGGCAUUGAACCAUUUUGACUGGUUUUCAAAGGGUAAGGUGCCGGUUUUAGAAGCAAUGGAAAAAGAUCAACGGGUGCGGUCGCAGUUUAGAGGGGGAUCAUCAGCAAUUGUGGCAAAUAAUACUGAGAAGCCUGUUGUCAUCGCUUCAAAGCUACAAGCACUUAGUCCUAAAUACAACUCUUUGAUGAAUCACAUUCGUAUUCAUCUACCAGAGUUGUUUCCAAGCCUCAACAAGGUAGUGUUCCUUGACGAUGACAUUGUGGUUCAAACUGAUCUUUCUCCUCUCUGGGACAUUGAUAUGAAUGGAAAAGUUAAUGGUGCAGUAGAGACAUGUAGAGGGGAAGAUAAGUUUGUUAUGUCAAAGAAGUUAAAAAGCUAUCUGAAUUUCUCCCAUCCUUUAAUAUCAAGCAAUUUUGACCCUAAUGAAUGUGCAUGGGCUUAUGGCAUGAACAUAUUUGAUCUAGAGGCUUGGAGGAAAACCAACAUAAGCCAGACAUACCAUCACUGGCUAGAAGAGAACCUGAAAUCAGACCUGAGUUUGUGGCAGCUGGGAACAUUACCCCCAGGUUUAAUAGCAUUUCAUGGUCAUGUCCACGUUAUUGAUCCUUUCUGGCACAUGCUGGGGCUGGGUUACCAGGAAAAUACUAGUUUUGCCGAUGCAGAGAGCGCUGGUGUCAUCCAUUUCAAUGGCAGAGCGAAGCCCUGGCUAGACAUAGCCUUCCCUCAACUUCGGCCUUUGUGGUCUAAGUAUAUAAACUUUUCUGAUAAGUUCAUAAAAAGCUGUCAUAUCAGGGCAUAUUAAGUUGAAUUUUGAGAGAAUUUGUUGACCAUAUUAAUGAUGAAAAAUGUAUUUGUAUAUGAGAUAAAAGGGAAAAGAGAUAAAAGGAGAGAAUUCUUCCCUAAUCGAGGCCGCCAAUACAGAAUGUAAAAUCAAAACAGCACCAGGCUUUUUGUUUUCUGGAUCUCUUCUUCCUUUUGUUAAAUAUUCCACACAAAAUAGCAUUUCAAAGAUUUUAUACCAUUAGUAUUUAUCUUAUAUGUUGUAGAUUUC